AUGCGGAAGCUCGCGCUCGACAUACAUCGCACAUUGUCAACGGCUUCGACGCGGCCGGCCUCCAGUCCGGGGCUGUUUACGCAGACGGCCAAGGAGAAGGCUUCCCAUGAGCUACACGUUGCAGUUGACCAGAUGCAAAGUAGUCUCAACGAAUGGCAAUCGCAGUUGAUGGAAGGACUUCAGUGGAAUACUAACCAAAGCAUGACCCCUACACCGUUCCCAGGGCAGUAUCCCACGCCAUACCCAUCGCCGUACCCUACCCCUGGGGAAGAACGCAUGGAAGGGGUCAUGUCUUCAAUCGGUUCCGUGUAUUUUCCCAGCAACCAGUUUAUGGCACAGCAGCAGAUCGCGACGGGAGUUCUUCCGACACAGCCAGCGUCGCCCGAGGCCAUACUCCAAGCUUUGCUGCGCACUCGUCUCGGUUACUUGCGGUGUCUGCUGUACCGUCCUUAUAUCUACCGGGUCGUGCAUUCUGACAAGCUGUCUUCUCAAGACCUCGUCGGGGCCGAGGAAUACCUCCGGCAGUGUGUUUGUUGGCCCAUUAUCAUACCGCCGAUGUGCCACAGCAAGCGCCUGAUCCAUGGUCUUUACUUCUGGUCGCACAACCUGAUGGGGAUUCUCAUCAUCUUACGCCUCGCCAUCACGCACCCGAGGCUGCAGGCGGUGUGUCUCAGUAUCGGUAAGAAGGACAAGGAGGAGUUCAAGAGACCCGGCGCGUGGAACGCGCAGGCGAGGCAGACCAUAUUUCUGUGUGUUGAAUGGUUCAAGAGUCUCAUGGAUAUCGAUGCCGAUGCUAGGUGGUGUUGGUCCAUCAUCCAGGGCAUAUACCCAGAGCUGGUCCUCAGCCCGACAAACACCCGGUUCCUGCCAGAGUUUUACCCGACGGCGAUGCCAUCUCAGGAGGGCUGA